GUGAGGGUAAACAAACGCCAGCUCACACAUAUCAGCUGAAGUGGGAGUAUAGAGUGUACUGCUGCUUUAACACACUGAAAACAUUGAGUAGUAGCCUAGUCAUUCAUUUGUAAUUUGAGGGGAAUUUGUCAUUGGAAUAAUGGCAGCCCUGAAGACCAAAAAAGAACCCAGGAAAGAGUACCUAUCUGUGAAGGACUUGGAAAAGAUUUUGGAUUCUUGCACGUUGCGGUUGACCCAGAUAAAUGAGGUUUGGCCGAACAUAUUCAUAGGAAAUGUGGCAAUAGCCCAAAACAGGAGUACCUUACAGAAGUUAGGCGUCACUCAUGUUUUAAACGCUGCUCAUUCCAAGCGAGGCAGCAUAGGGGACCACAGAUUUUAUGGCAACAGCUUUGUUUAUUAUGGUAUUCCAGCAGAGGACUCGACUCACUUUGAUCUGGAUGUUUACUUCAAGCCCGCAGCUGAUUUCAUUCACAAAGCAUUGAAACAACCAGAUGGGAAGAUUCUCGUCCAUUGCAUUAUGGGUAUGAGCAGAUCGUCUACCUUGGUGUUGGCGUACCUCAUGUUGUAUUGUCACAUCCCCCUCCAUUGUGCUCUUCAUAAAGUAAUCCAGAAAAGAGCCAUUUACCCAAACAGGAACUUCCUGGCUCUGCUGCUGGACCUAGAUCUUCAGCUGAAGAGAAAACAGAAAACGUGGAAAACCUGUCUGAUUCUGUAGAGAUCAGAACACAGCAAAGCAGACCAAACCUCACAAGUUAAUAUUUGUAUCAGUGCACAACGAAGAAGCUUGAAAAGAGGAAGUUGAUUUUCAAAUCAAGUGGGAAUGAAUCUAUGUCAAAUCCCUUUCUAGUGUACAAACUACCUAAAACAAACAAGUAUACCUCACCUACAUACAGUAUGUUGAAUAAAAUAUGUUGCAACAUUUUGGGGGAUUUAUAAUUCAUUUGAAAGAGCAGACUGUUAUUGGCAUUAUAAACAUAUGUAUGGAUGUUGUAUAUAUUCAGCAGUGCCAUCAAACGCAAUCAUUGGUAAAACAGAGCUCAGACAAUGGCUGUGUCCAAAACAGUGAAGGGACAUUCUUUUAAAUAUCAACACAGAAGACACGAGCAGUGUCUCUAAAGCUAUUUUGUCGCUGCCGACAAAAAACAAACAAAGUGUGUCCACUCCCACUCUCCAUACCUACUGGUAGCUCACAUAACCUUGGGGGUAUGCAGAAGACAUGCCAGAAUUAUUGAGCCCAGGUCAUUCAGGUGUAAAAAUAGAAAGAAAGAGUUAAGGCAGAUGUCUACCACCUACAGCCAGUUGUGCUGCUAGAAUACAUGUACAAGAGCUCCGGUUUAAUGAGAUUCUAAUAUGUUUCAUGAGUAAGUAGUCUGUUAGAAGAAUAACUCAUUUCUGUACAAUAUCCAUUUGGAUAUACAUUAGCAACACCAUCCUAAUAUUGAGUUGGACCUCAUUUUGCCCUCAGAACAGCCUUAGUUUGUCAGGGUAUGGACUCUACAAGGUGCCUAAAGCGUUCCACAGGGAUGCUGGCCCAUGUGGACUCUACAAGGUGCCUAAAGCGUUCCACAGGGAUGCUGGCCCAUGUGGACUCUACAAGGUGCCUAAAGCGUUCCACAGGGAUGCUGGCCCAUGUGGACUCUACAAGGUGCCUAAAGCGUUCCACAGGGAUGCUGGCCCAUGUGGACUCUACAAGGUGCCUAAAGCGUUCCACAGGGAUGCUGGCCCAUGUGGACUCUACAAGGUGCCUAAAGCGUUCCACAGGGAUGCUGGCCCAUGUGGACUCUACAAGGUGCCUAAAGCGUUCCACAGGGAUGCUGGCCCAUGUGGACUCUACAAGGUGCCUAAAGCGUUCCACAGGGAUGCUGGCCCAUGUGGACUCUACAAGGUGCCUAAAGCGUUCCACAGGGAUGCUGGCCCAUGUGGACUCUACAAGGUGCCUAAAGCGUUCCACAGGGAUGCUGGCCCAUGUGGACUCUACAAGGUGCCUAAAGCGUUCCACAGGGAUGCUGGCCCAUGUGGACUCUACAAGGUGCCUAAAGCGUUCCACAGGGAUGCUGGCCCAUGUGGACUCUACAAGGUGCCUAAAGCGUUCCACAGGGAUGCUGGCCCAUGUGGACUCUACAAGGUGCCUAAAGCGUUCCACAGGGAUGCUGGCCCAUGUGGACUCUACAAGGUGCCUAAAGCGUUCCACAGGGAUGCUGGCCCAUGUGGACUCUACAAGGUGCCUAAAGCGUUCCACAGGGAUGCUGGCCCAUGUGGACUCUACAAGGUGCCUAAAGCGUUCCACAGGGAUGCUGGCCCAUGUGGACUCCAAUGCUUCCCACAGUUGUGUCAUGUUGGCUGGAUGUCGGUUGGUUGGUGGUCGGUGGACCAUUAUUGAUACACACGGGAAACUGUUGAGCGUGAUAAACCCAGCAGCGUUGCAGUUCUUGACACAAUCACACCGGUGCACCUGGCACUUACUACCAAAUUAAAUAAAAUCACAUUUUAUUGGUCACAUAUGCAUAUUUAGCAGAUUUUAUUGUGGGUGUAGCGAAAUGCUUGUGUUCCUAGCUCAAACAGUGCAUUAGUAUCUAACAAUACACACAUCUAAAAGUAAAAUAAUGGAAUUAAUAUACAAAUAUUAGAUGGAGCAACGUCGGAGUGGCAUUGACUAAAAUACAGUAGAAUCGAAUACAGUAUUUACACUACCAGUCAAAGGUUUUAGAACAGCCUAGUGGUUAGAGCGUUGGACUAGUAACCGUAAGGUUGCAAGUUCAAACCCCUCGAGCUGACAAUCUGUUGUCCUGCCCCUGAACAGGCAGUUAACCCACUGUUCCUAUGCCAUCAUUGAAAAUAAGAAUUUGUUCUUAACUGACUUGCCUGGUUAAAUAAAGGUAAAAAAAAAAAAAAA